AUGAGUAUACGACAACUAUAUAAUACGUCAGCGUCAUCUACACUUCGAUCCAAGACAAAAUCACUCAUACAAACAACUCCACACAACUUAACGUUCACAAGAUCAAUAUAUUUACAUAAAGGACCAAGAAUAGAAGGUUUGAAAAAAGAUCCAAAAGAAGCAUUCAUAAAUUCAAAUGGUAUAGAAUAUGAAUUGAACACUGAAAACAUAAAACAUAUCAAGUCAUUUUUAGGUGAUAACUACAAAAUUCCAGAUGAAAUAGCAUUACAAAUAAUAACUCAUAAAUCAUUUGGUAAUGGUAUAAAACCAUACAAUGAAAAAUUAGCAGCAAUGGGUUCAAAAUUAUUGAAUUUAAGCUUGGCGAAACAUGUCAUAAAUUCUCCACAACAAAAUCAACCACAACAACUACAAAUAAAUGGAUUAAACCUUUCAAUAUUGGGUACACCUUUAUCAAAAGAACUAAGUAGUCGUAAAUCAACAGGAUACUUUGCAAAAUUAAACAAUUUGAACAAAAUAAUGUUUUGGAAAUCAAGAAACCCAACUUUAAAUUUUGAACAAAGUGGUGAAUUGAAAGUAAGUUCUCAAUUAAUUUAUAGUUUAAUUGGUGCAAUAAAUUAUCAUUAUGGUAAACAUAAGGCAGAAGAAUUUAUUAAUGAAAAAUUUGUUAAAAAAUUAACUGAUAUUACUUCAGAUAUUGUAAAUAGAGUUUAA